UUCCCUGUUCUUCUCCAUCACCGAAUUCUUAGAAGACCCACAAGUAUGUCUCAGCAGCUUCAAGAGCAAGUUUUGUGUCCCAUUGAUCCUUACCAGUAUCUUCAGAUUACCAGAAACCCAGACGGCUCCAUCACCCGUCUCGCCUCUUUUCCGACCACCGUAGCCACGCCGGAUGCCGACACUCCAUCUCGCGUUCUUUCCAAAGACCUUCCUCUUAACCCCAACAACGCCACCUUCCUCCGACUAUACCUCCCUCACAAACUAAUCUCUUCUUCUUCUUCUUCCAAAUUACCUGUAAUUGUGUACUUUCACGGCGGUGGAUUUGUAUUACUCAGUGCUUCUUCCUCUAUAAACCAUGACUUCUGUUCCGAAAUGGCUACCAAACUCUCUGCCGUUAUCGUCUCCGUUGAGUACCGUCUUGCUCCUGAAGCCCGGCUUCCGGCGGCCUACGACGAUGCCGUGGAGGCUUUACAUUGGUUGAAAGCCACCGAUGAGAAAUGGAUACGUGAAUUUUCCGACGUCUCUAGCUGCUACCUCAUGGGCACUAGCGCCGGGGGCAACAUGGCUUACCACGUAGGAUUAAAUGUAGCAGCAGCCGUUGAUGAAUUUGGACCCUUGAAGAUCAAAGGGUUGAUAUUGCACCAUCCAUAUUUUGGUGGGUCCCAGAGGACUGAGUCAGAGGUGAGGCUAGCCAAUAACCCGACUCUGCCGCUUAGUGCGAAUGAUCUGAUGUGGGAGCUCGCUCUGCCGCCAGGUGCGGACAGAGAUCACGAGUAUUGCAAUCCAAUGGAGAUGCAUGAUUUGAGGACGCGCUUGGAUGAAAUCGGACGGUUGGGAUGGGAGGUGAUAUUACCGGCAUGUGAUGGUGAUCCAGUGAUUGACAGACAGGUGGAGUUAGUAAAUAUAAUGCGAAGUAGAGGAGUGAAAGUGGUGGACCACGUUGGGGCAGGCCAUCAUGGAAUGGAUCUACUUGAGCUAAGCAAAGCUGGCCCACUCUUCAACCUCGUUAAAGAUUUCGUACACCCCUCCUGA